UUUUUAACCUACCAUUACUCAAUUGACGUAUACAUUUUAAUUGUUUCGCUAAGUAUCCCAACAAAAUCCUCGUUUUGUAUUCAUAAAAGUACAGUUACGCACGCUCGAAUCUUCCGGUUAACUAUUGAAUUAAUUUUCCUCUAACGGUACUCUUUUCUUUCAGUUAGCGAAACUACGAUGUCGCUAGCAAGGCUAAUUAAAAAUUAAUACUAAAAAAGGUGCUUCCAGUGCUCCAUUAGCAUGGUUAUUUCCAACAGGAUACUACGCGGACAAUGUUACUGAGAUGCUUCCGUUUAAAGAAAAUACACGUACGUUGUAUUUUUGUCAUCACCGUAGUCGCCUUUUCGCUGCUGAUCCUGCCGAAACUGAUCCGAGAAGAGCCGCCCGACGUCAAAGAGCGCUACAAGAGAAUCGAUAAUUCGAGCGGUACAUUCGAACUAACACUAAGAGAGUACGAGAGACGAAUCGUGCCUAAUCUAGGAGAAAACGGGGAGCCUUCGUACUUAGACGGAGAAGACGCCAAACGAGGCGAGGAAGCCCUAAAGAAAUUCGCCUUGAAUACCGUACUCAGCGACAGGUUGCCCUUGAAUAGGACCCUGCGAGAUCCGAGGAACAAGAAAUGUAAACAUUUCACGUACAAUCCGAAACUCAAGGCCUCUGUCGUUGUGAUAUUCUACGAUGAGCUGCUGAGCGUGGUACUGAGGACGGUGUGGAGUGUAUUAUUGCAAACUCCUGAUCAUUUAUUAGAAGAAAUCAUCUUGGUCGAUGAUGCCAGUACCGAUGCAUCGCUCAAAGGACUGCUGGAUUACUACGUGGACACCCGCCUGAAGGACCGGCGCGUCAGAAUCGUCCGUCUGAGCAGCCGCCUCGGCCUGAUAAGGGCCCGAUUGCAGGGCGCUCGAAGGGCCCGCGGCGACGUGCUGAUCUUCCUCGAUGCCCAUUGCGAAGCCACCGUAGGCUGGAUAGAACCGCUACUAUCCAGGAUAGAAGACGAUCGUACCGCCGUGCUGGUACCCAUCAUCGACGUCAUCGAAGCCACCAACCUGGCCUACUCCACCAACGGAGAUACCAGUUUCCAAGUGGGGGGGUUCUCGUGGUCGGGACAUUUCACGUGGAUCGACAUCCAGGACGAGAGGGACAAGAACACGUUGGGGCCGGUGAAGAGUCCCACGAUGGCCGGCGGGUUGUUCGCCAUCGAACGGAACUUCUUCUGGGACAUCGGUUCGUACGAUGAACAAAUGGACGGAUGGGGCGGCGAGAAUUUGGAGAUGAGCUUCAGGAUUUGGCAGUGCGGCGGACGAUUAGAAACUGUGCCUUGCUCGAGAGUGGGCCACAUAUUCCGGGACUUCCACCCGUACUCGUUUCCCGACAACAAAGACACUCACGGCAUCAACACUGCCCGAUUGGCCCACGUCUGGAUGGACGAUUACAAGCGGUUCUUCUUCAUGCACCAGCCCGGGCUGGAGAACAACCCCAUCGUGGGCGAUCUGACCCACAGGAAGCAGCUGCGCAGGAAGCUCCGGUGCAAAUCCUUCAAAUGGUAUUUGGAUAAUAUUUAUCCGGAGAAAUUCGUACCGGACGAGAACGUGCAGGCGUACGGGCAGGCGCGCAGCGAAUUCGACAUGUGCUUGGACGAUUUGCAGCUGGCCGACGACAACGUGGGGCCCUUGGGGCUCUACCAAUGCCAUCCGUUCCUCGCCAUGUCGCAGUACUUCGCGAUGAGCGCCAAGGGGGAGCUCCGGAAGGAGAAUUUCUGCGCUGAGGUUUUUAACGAGAAAGACGUGCAACUGACCGAAUGCCACGGCCAUCGACGCGAACAAUACUGGGUGUUGUACCGAAACGGGACCGUUUACAAUCCCUCGGCGGGCAAGUGCCUGAGCAGCGACGGCGUCGAUAUGGGCAAAGGGGUCAAAGUCGAAGACUGCAAAGAUAGCGUUUAUCAACGGUGGAAGUUCGAUAGCGUUAAUGAGACUGCGAUUGUUGUUUGAUAUUUUUUUUACACAUAUUUUGUUGUAUAUUUUUCUAAGAAAUACAAAUUUAAACGAUA